AUGAGGAGCAAGCACGCCAUGAAGUGUUUGUCAAAACCUACAGAGAUCCUCGGUAGGAGGGCUACGAAGGCGAGGGAUCGCGAGGAGAAGAAGAAAGCUCGGGGCGAUGCAGCAGGGAUGCAGGAACACCUCAAGAUUUGCCGAGAGAGCCAGGUCACUCUGGCCAAGGUGACGCAGCAGGUCGCAGUGAUUUCGAGUGCUUUGGAGCUUCAGGCGAAGACAGAGCAGAGGAGGGAAAGGAUUGAGGAGUUGGAAAAGGUGGAGAAACUGUAUCGGGCUCGCGGCAUGGAAAAGAGGGCGGACGAGGCUGCUGCGCAAAUGCUGGCUAUUUUAGAGUCGCCGAUAGCACCGGUUUUUGGUGGUAGCGGUACCGUUGCUGCGGGAGUCACCACCUCUGGGGGCGUGGGCAUGAUGGAAGGCGUAGAGGGCGGCGCCGGCGGCGGUGCACAGGGCGACACCGUUGACGUGGAUUUAGCCGGAUGCACGAACGGCAACCGGAGUGACAACGCGGUCUCCAACGAGGCUGCCUCCGUCCGGGCAGGCGCAGGUGAAGCCGCCCGCAACCAUGCCAGGGCUACAGGAGGUCCGGGAUCGGAGGCUACGUCGGGUGCUGCUGCCAAGUACUACGCCUCACUCGGGGCUGCGCCUAGCGGACCCGCCACCGACGUUUUGGAGGUGGACAUUUCGGAGAGUGAAGCGGAUGCGGGGGGCAACGUGCUUGGAAUGGACGUCGACGGCGGUGGAGGUGUUCGCGGAGACGCUUCAGGCGGCAGUGCCGGCAGGGGCUUUGGGGGCGGCGGCGAGGGAGUGGGCGGUGGAGGCAGGCCGGAAAGACCGUAA